AAGAUAAGGAUUUCCAUUAGGAGCGCCUCUUUUUCUUUGCGAAAAACUUCCGAUCGAGCACCUUAUUAGUGCAGGAGUAUUAGUUUCAUGCAAAAAAACAAGAGUAUCCAAUAUUCAUUUCGUGCAAGAAAUGCUACUAUAUUACUCCAGGAAGAUGAGUUAUUACCAGUCAUUCACGAUGCUCUCGAAAUAUUAUACGUAAGGACCAGUUGCAGAGGCCUAGAACCUCAGCCCAGGCAAGAACCUCUCCCAUGGCGCACCCUGCCAUCCUCCUUCUCCUGGCGCUCCUCCUCCUCCUUGCUUCCCCCGCCAUUUCAUCCACCAAGAGAACCCAGCAGCCAAAGUUCCCGGCCAUCUUCUACUUCGGCGACUCCAUCUUCGACACCGGCAACAACAACCACAUCCCGACUCUGGGCCUGGCGAACCACCCACCAUACGGGAGGGACUUCCCGGGGAGCAGGCCGACGGGGAGGUUCUCCAAUGGCCGGCUCGUACCGGACCUCCUCAACGAGAGGCUGCAGCUCAAGGAGUUCGCGCCGCCGUUCCUGGACAGAAGCCUGUCCGACAAGGACAUCAUGACGGGGGUGAACUUCGCGUCGGCCGGGUCCGGGUUCGACGACCGGACGUCGCACCUGGCCAACACCAUGCCAUUGUCGGCGCAGGUGGACCUCUUCAGGGACGAGUACCUUCCUCGCCUCAGGAGCAUCGCCGGGGACAAGGAGGCUGCCAGGAUCAUUGCCAGCUCUCUGAUGUUCAUCAACGCGGGAACCAAUGAUUUCACUCAUUACUACCGUUCAUCGAGGAGGAGGCUGGGCAUUGGUGAAUACCAAGAUACUGUGCUCCAGUUGGUGCGUGCUCAUGUCAAGGAGCUGUAUAACCUCGGGGGGCGGCAGUUCAUCUUGGCAGGUCUUCCUCCAUUUGGCUGCAUACCCUUGCAGAUCACAUUGAGUGGAGACCUUGAGAGGGGCUGUGUCGAUGAGCAGAACAGUGAGGCCCAGGUCUACAACUCCAAACUUCAGAAGUUGAUUCCAACAUUACAAGGCUCACUCAGAGGAAGCAAAAUUGUGUACUUGAACGCCUACGAAGCUUUGACGGUGAUCCUUCAGGGCACCAAUAAAUAUGGAUUUACAGAGACAACACUGGGAUGUUGUGGGACUGGGCUCACAGAGGUCGGAAUACUUUGCAACAGAUUUACCCCUAUCUGCAGGAAUGCGUCAUCCUAUGUAUUUUAUGAUGCGGUGCACCCAACAGAGAGGGUUUAUAGGAUAGCAACCGAUUACAUAGUGAAAAAUGUAAUUCCACAGUUUUAAAGAAUCAAAUGCUCAAAUAAGAUAUAUUUUUUCUCAUUGCAUUAACGAAUUAACCUAAUGCGUUUGGUUCGAUCUUUUGGCUUUUACUUGAAGUCUGCCUUGUAAGAAAGAGUCACUGGCAUGUGUUUCCUUUGUUAUGUUAUACACAAUAUGAUAAGCUCAGCAUUCUCAGAAAUUAAUUUAAGAAAGGAAAUCAAGAAAUCAAAGGCAUAACAUGUGUUUCGUUUGUUAUGUUAUACACAAUAUGGUAAGCUCAGCAUUCUCAGCAAUUAAUUAAGAAAGAAGAUCAAGAAAUCAAAGGCAUAACAUGUGUUUCAUUUGUUAUGUUAUACACAAUAUGGCAAGCUCAGCAUUCUCAGCAAUUAAUUUAAGAAAGGAAACUAAAAAGUCAAAGGCAUAACACCGUGAUCAGGUUAUGUAAACUCGAGAAGCUAGAGAAGGGAACUGAUUGGGAGUAACCAU